AUGGCAAUCUUCAACGACCUUGCAGUCGAGCUUCAAGAAGCGAUUUGGGAGCUAGUGCUUCCCACUUCUCGUGGGGUGCACUGGAUCGAAGUUGAGGGCAUACCACAAGAUCCAGAGUUUAUCCGCGACAGCAUUCGUAUGACUCAAGUAUGCAAGUUUGAUCGCAUGCCCGAGACGGACUCAGAUGUCUCUUACAGUCGGCGGCUCAAUCCCGAGUUCCAAAAACGCUACGAAGCAGCCCAUGAGUCGAGCGCUUUCUUUCGCUUUCUCCUUACCACCGUGCCAGCUGCCAUCGGACAAUCAAAGUCUACCAGAAGUGGAAAUCUGGAAAGCGAACUAGCCGAUGAGAUAGCAUACACGAACCGCUGCAGGCAACUCUCAACCUAUUCACAGAUUGCAACACUUCUCUCACUCUGCCGGCUAUCACGUUUCACUGCAUUACGAUACAUUCAAACCAAUCGUAAAUGUAGUUGGCCUAUUCGACGCAGCAAAGGCUCGCUAUACCGGCCGCGGUCCAUAGAGGAGUGGGAGACGCAGUACAAUGCCAAUAUGAACUCGUCGAGCCCGUCGAGCCCGUCGAAUCCGGCCGUUUCAGCGCUUCAUAGUAGUUGGCAGUUGCUUCGUCCUCGUAUUCAUACACUUGAUCUUGUUGUCUUACGACUACAUAACAGUCAAGGCCAGGCGACGUCACUGCUUAAGCACGGGCCUUGGCAAUACUGGAUUGAGCAAUCUAUGCACGGGACUACAUUUGGUUGUUUUGAUCGCAUAGCCUUGGAGUGGCAUCCAUCGUGGGGUACCGUGGGUGGACGGGGUGAGCUACGACCCGGAAACGUCCAAGCCAUCGUUCAGCAGAUGGUGAGGGAGCACUCCCCUGCAACACUGUACUGGCUAGUCGACGGAGUGCGCCGCCCAAACUGGAAACAGGACUACCCAGCUGUUGUUCGAAAGAUCUUCGCAGAUCGUAUUGCUGCUAACAAAAAAGAUGUUGUGGAGCAUCUUAACACACACUGGCACCUAGACCACAGUGAAUACAAAGCGUUUCUAUCAGAUCAUCGUCUUGAUCAAGAGUUUGAGGCCAACGGACGCAGGUACUAUAUUGUUUUUGUCGUUUUAAGUCAAUUCGAUGAGAAAGAAGAAAAGCGGUUGAACAAGGCUGGGCUGGGCUGGCGCGGGCCAUUUCCGGGCAGCGCAAGCAUGUGGCCUCAGGAACUUGUCGAACCAGUACGGCUUGCUUACGACAUCUGUCGUGGUGGCUACAGGAAUCUAGCAACUUACAAAACUUUCUCGAUAAUCCUAAGCUGGGAGCCAAUCAGUCACAGCAUAGUAAAUUAG